AAAAGAAUAAAUUAUAGACAAAGUAUACAUAACCACGCAAUUUACAAAUUCACUGUAACACAUCUCGCCACCACAUCACCGGCAAUGGCGCCACCCAUCGCGGCGUACAUCACGGCCUUCUCCCUCCUCAUCACCGUCGUCUCCGCCGCCGAAACCGGUUACCAUAACCACACUGUCGGUGGCGCCGCCGGAUGGUCCUUCAACUCCACCACCAACACAACCGCCACCAACUACUCUUCUUGGGCUUCUACUCAAACCUUCGACCUUGGCGAUUAUCUCAUUUUCAAUACGAACUCGAACCAAACGGUGGUUCAGACUUACAACAAGACGACCUAUCUGAACUGCACCGCCGAUGAUUCCGACAACGGAACCUUCGUGUACAACGGCGGAAGCCGUGGUUUCGGCGAAGCGUUGACCGUUGCUGUGCCGUUGACCAUAGUUGGACCGAAUUACUUCUUCUCCGACGCCGGCGACGGCGUGCAGUGCCAGCACGGCUUGGCGUUCGAGAUCGCCGUCCUGCGCGGUCUCGGCUUGCCGCCGAGUCUCAACCAGCCGCCUCCGCCGCCGUACCAGGAGCCGCCGGGUCCCGAUGCCGCUCAGUCUCCGCCGAUCACGGUGGCACAGUCUCCCAGCGGCGGCGCGUUCGCGACCCGUGCCGACGUGCGCGUGGUUGUUUACGGCUUCGUUACGGCGUUGGUGCUGCAGUUUCAGUGAGGAAUAGGUUAGCUUACGGUGGGUACGCAUCAUUGGAUAAUUUUUGUUACAGCUCAGAGUUUCCGCGGACGGCGAAAUAUUGGACUUGUUUUUUUCUCAUUUCCUUUUACAUUUCUUUCAUUUGUGAGUUUUUUCUUUUUUCUUCUUCUUUGUAGUUAACAGUAAGAAGUGGAAGUUGUUGUAAUUUUUGGUUGCACGAUACUUUGAAUAAUCAUGUUUUCUGGGCAUUUUAUUUUUCUUUUCAAA